GCCCGAUUGACAUUAGAUCUACGUUUUCUACUAACUAGCACUACGUUACUUGCCUCGGAGUAGUGUAAUGUGACGUCCUCGUUACUUUGAUAUGUGCGUGGCGCCGCUGACCAGAUGGUGGCUGGCUGCUACUAAUCUUCUUAGGAGCGCCCGCGUGUGUUUCUUGUUGUGAAUGAGAUUACACCGAGAGAGACGAGACGAGAGGAGGAAGAGGCGGCUAUCUCCGACAACUUCGAAAUAUCCUCGUGUUUUUUCCCCACAAUAAAAUCAGAAGUAAAGCGAAGGAAGUUGAAUGAAGGACUAUUUUGUCUGUCCGGCGUGACAGGUUGGCUCCAGGUAUAGCUAGCUCAAUCGCUAAUUAAGUCCGAACUCUGUCGAAUCAACAAGUUGGACUUUUUCUGGCUUUGACUCAGAAUGUGAAGACUUGUGCUGCAGGAGCCCACAGCAACAGGUUGUGAAAUCCUAGCUAUCACGCAAAGGCUUUGGUUGUCUGUGUGUGCGGCAGACAGGCAGUGUAACCGAGACCGAAGCUUUGCACUUUCACCCUUGGGGGCACUGGCCUGUAAAAAAAUUCUCCGUUACCCUGCUACUAUGAUACCAUGCCAGUCAUCACUUAUUCAAGGUCUGAUGGAAGGCUUCUAAAGCAUCUCCAGAUUCUGGAACAUCAUACCGGCCUCAGGAACGUUCCAAAACCUCCUCUUGUAGAAACUCAUUUUGUCAUCUUUUAUGGCAACAGAAGGCCCUAAACAUGACAGCACAGCAAAGGGAAGAAUGCUACAAAUGAAGAGAGAAUCACGAAGCAAAACAACUAUUAAAAUGAUUGAAACGCGAGAUCAAUUAUGGACUAACGACCACUGGAAUGUUGGAAAAGUUCAAGUACAAACUUCUGGUAUUCCAUUAAUGGGAUUAGCACUCCAGCAGGAUGUAAACAAGAGCAAAAGCUGUGAAAGUCCAAUGAAAAAUCAUGCAGAAGAUGUCAAGAUAUGCUAUAAAAUAAUGUUGGUGAUGAGGUGGCAACACAUCUUCCUCUGCAUUUGUGUCCUUUUCAUUGGUCUGUGUCCAAAACCUGCUUCAUUACAGGGACAUUUCCCACCAAUGGAGAACAUUGCUGCUUUCAAACCCGUGUCCACCUCCCCUGCUCGUUCUACCUGUGGGGUUCCGGAUCGGAGCGUCUACUGCCAGACGGCUUUUUCACAGGCUGAGCUUUUCAUGUGCCAUCAGGCCUCCUGCGACCAGGAGUGUCCCUAUAGAUCCUCCACGCCACCUUAUGCCCCACUGCUACUGCCUGCGUACAGGGGUGCAUGUGUUACAGAAGACUCUAAAGACACCCAUCCUCUAAUCCAUCAGUCGCCAGAGUUGGACAAUUUGUCCACCUCUUUGUCAAGUGGGGUUUCAUCUGUAUCUGGGAGUGUUCUGUUUCCUCAAGGCCAGCAGGAAUGUCUUCUGUCUCCUCCCUCUCAGAAGCUGGGCACUUCAGGAUCACUCACACUGGCAUUAUGGAUUAAACCAAGUUCCCUCGGAGAAAUGAUGUUGCUAGAGAAAAAGUCAAGGGACCAGUUGGUUUUUUCUGUGACCGUGUCGGAACUAGUUGUCAGUAUGAAAUACACUCAGUCCAGAAGUUCAACUCCGCUUUCUGUCAGCUUCAGAACAGAGGGACGACUUUUGAUGGACAGGUGGACACACAUUGUUUUACAGAUACAUGACAGACAUGUCAGCCUUUUCCUGAAUGGGCUCGAGGAGGAUGGAACACCUUUUGAGACCCAGUCACUGGCCGGCAGAUUGUAUGACAGCGGUGACGACAGCACCAUGAGAGUGGGACUUAGCUCGAAAGGGUCCAAUCAGUUUAUGGGACGGAUGCAGGACUUUAGAUUUUAUCCGGCCACUUUGACGAACAGGGAGAUAGUGGAGAUUUAUUUAGGUGUCCUACCACAGCUCCAUACCCAGUCUGAGUGUCGCUGCCCUCCCACUCAUCCCAGAGUGCAUCCUUUGGUAGAACGAUAUUGUAUUCCCAAUGCUGUUGAGGACACCACCAAUGACCGAGUCUUAAGGCUAAACCCCAAUGCACACCCACUCCCUUAUAUUAACGAUAAGGACAUGGGCACCACGUGGCGCUCAAACCUUAUGACCACACAGGAAUUGGACAAAAGGUUCACUGUUACUAUAGAUUUUGCAAAUGGACAGUACCAGGUGUUCUAUGUCAUAAUUCAGUUUGGUGGCCCAUUGCCCGAGUCACUUUUGAUCCAAAGGCAAAGACUCCCUAAUCAACAGAACACCACCAACACAGAGCAGUCAUGGUUAGACUGGCAAUACUUGGCUAAAGAUUGCAGUGUGUUCAAGAUGCAGAACAACGGCCCACUCCUGACACCAAGCUCGGUCAAUUGUCUCCAACUGCCAAGCGAGAGACACUAUUCUGGAGGUAACAUCACAGUCAGCCUGCUGAGCCCUGAGCCAAAUAUGAGACCAGGCUACAAUGAUUUUUAUAACACCCCGAUACUUCAGAAGAUGGUACAGGCCACUCAGGUCCGUAUACAUCUUGGAGGACAGUACCACACCAGAACUGCCGGGGUGGACCACCGACACAGACACUAUACCAUCAAAGAAAUCACUAUUAGUGGCAGAUGUGAGUGUAAUGGGCAUGCAGAUCACUGCGAUACCAGUUUAUCCCCCUACCGUUGCCUGUGUCUGCCUGAAAGCCACACUGAGGGAAACAAUUGCCAGCGUUGUGCACCCCUCUACAAUGACAAACCCUUCCGACCAGGUGAUCAACUACAGCCAAUGAACUGUCGGCCCUGCCAGUGCCAUGGCCAUGCACGCUCUUGUCAUUAUGAUGCACGAGUUGAUGAGCAACCAACAAAACAAUAUCUUGGAGGAGGAGGAAUUUGUGACAACUGCACGCACAAUACAAUGGGGAGGUACUGUGAGAUCUGUAUAAAUGGCUUUUACCGACUGGAGCAGUCAGAUCCUUCUUCAGUACAUGUAUGCAAGCCUUGCAACUGCCACAUUGCUGGAACUGUCAAUGGUAGCACUGAGUGUUUCCAGGUUGGAGGCCAGUGUCGGUGCAAAGCUGCUGUAACAGGUCGGCGCUGUGCAGACUGCUCACCUGGCUGGUACAGACUUGAAGCUUCCAAUCCAGAAGGCUGCAUUCGCUGUAACUGCAGUGACAUGGGCACCAUCAGCUCCUCCACAGGAAGUGUUGUCAGCUGCAACCAGCAUACAGGACAAUGCCAAUGCAAAGCCCAUGUGACAGGUCUGUCUUGUGAUCGUUGUGAAUUUGGUUAUUGGAACCUGUCCAAUGCAGACGGCUGCAUCCCAUGCGACUGCGACCCCUCAGGAUCUCUCAGCCCGUUCUGUGAGCCGGAGGGAGGGCAGUGUGAGUGUAAACCUGGGGUGGGAGGGCAGCGCUGUGAUUCAUGUGGCCGCGGUUUGACUGGUUUGAGGCUAGAGGGAACAUGCACCCCUUGCAACUGCUCAGAAGAAGGAACAGUACCUGGGACAGACUGCGAUCCUUACACAGGCCAUUGUUUAUGCAAGAAACAUGUGGAAGGCCGUCUUUGUGACUCUUGUCGUCAUGGUUAUCACACCUUGGAGCUCCGAAACUCUUUGGGGUGUCUGCCAUGUUCAUGUGACAUCACCGGCACUAUGCUGGAAGGCGUGUGUAAUAAGCUGACUGGGCAGUGCCCGUGUAGAGAGGGGGUGGAGGGGAUGCAGUGCACUAACUGUGCCCCUAACUACUUCAACACAAGUUUGGAUAUGCAAAAUGGGCCAUUCCUAGGCUGCGUACCAUGCAUAUGCGACCCGAGAGGAACAGUGGUUGGCUCAGUGUGUGAUAGCACUACAGGUCAAUGUGUGUGCACGCCAACACGCCAUGGAAAAAACUGCAGCGCAUGCCGACCUGGUUUUUACCUUUCUCCAGAUCAGAGUAUGUGUGUGGAGUGUGACUGCCAUCCCAUGGGGGCAGUCCAACGCAAGUGUGAAAGUCAAACUGGCCGGUGUGUGUGCGCCCAUCCCUCGGUAGGAGGCCGACGCUGUGACCGCUGUCAGGAGACUUUCUUUGGAUUCAACCCUGGCCUAGGAAGAUGCCAACCAUGUGAUUGUGACCCUAUGGGCAGUGUCAAUGGCUCCUGUAAUUCCGAAUCAGGACUGUGUGACUGUAAGCUGCUGGUUACUGGGGACAAAUGUGACACAUGUCAACAUGAUGCAAGCCAUUUAAGUGCAGAGAACGUCUAUGGCUGCAGUAAAGCCCCAUCUCAGCAACCUGCCCCUGUAGCUUUUGCUCUCAGCUUUUCUUCCAUUAAUCUGACUUGGCAUCAGCCUGACUCCCCAAACUCAAACAUACUCAACUACACACUCAUAAGGGACUCGCAACCGCUGCACAGCAUACUGCGCAGCUAUCCUUUCCAGCCUGAAUCAUACACAGACUCUGGUUUGUCUCCUUACACCAACUAUUCCUACUGGCUUAUUACGGCUAAUAUUGCCGGUGAGACAAUUAGCGCAACCGCUCCCUACCAAACUUUAGGCGCACCACCUUUAUUGGAUCAGCUCCAUUUAAACCUUGUAGGACGACCUGGCUCUACCAGUGCUAGCUUUAACUGGAGCGUACCACUAAAUAACACAGGCCCGGUGGAGAGGUUUGUGUUGUCCUCCACGGAAUCCUCUAGCGGAGCAAAGCCUGUCAUCCAUUACACAGGUUUAUCGACUGAGGCCAUGGCAAGUGGUCUAAAAGCAUUCACCCAGUACACUGUCACUCUUGAGGCAUGUUCAUCUGGAGGCUGCACUUCCACUUUACCUUUGUCACUCCUGACAGCGGCUGCCCCCCCACAAAACCAAUCCCCACCCAAGGUCACUGCUACUGGACCUCACACCCUUUUUGCUUCAUGGGAGCCUCCUGCUCACCCAAACGGAGUUAUCACAAGGUAUGAGCUUUUUUUACGGGGGCCGGUGAAGCCUCAAAGCCUGUCACCUCCGACUGGUGGAAAAAAAGUAUUUGUCAGCACUGGAUGGCUGGAUCCAACCAUCCCGUCUCAAGCACCGCUCAGCAAUAGAAGCACAGCUUUGCCCCCUGAGAACAGCACAAUUGUGGCUGGUCUGCAGGCCUUUUCCACCUAUCAGAUGAGAGUCGUUAGUGUCAACAUGGCAGGAAAUGUCACAUCAGGGUGGACCACCACACACACAAUGGAGGGAGCUCCAGAAUGGAUGGCUCCUCCAGAUGUCACUGCACUGUCCUCCACCAGUCUAAAGGUCACAUGGAGUACUUUGGAAGGUCAAGGGGUCAUCGCCAGAGGGCAGGUCAUAGAAUAUCAUGUCAAUUUGCUGGUUGAACAGACAAACAACACCUAUUCUCCUCCAGUUAUCAGCCAGGUACUGCAACGGUUUGGACCCUUAGACCAGCCCCUUUAUAUAGCAAAGGGGUUGAAGCCUUACCAUGUGUACAACUUCACUGUGACGGUCUGCACUAAAAAAGGCUGCAUUACCAGCAUUGGACGAGCUGGUCGGACCCAACCAGCAGCUCCAAAGGGAUUUUCCCCACCUCGACUGUUCCCAGUGAAUGAAAGCACCAUUCAGAUAGAAUGGGAUACCCCGGCUCAACUCAAUGGACCGCACCCGAUGUACCAGGUGGAGAGGACAGACGUGUCUCUUUCUGACCCAGGAGGUCCUUUCACCAGAGGCACCAGGUUCUCUGGCAGUAGUUACUACCAGUUUCCCAGUGACACCCUGCCCGUUAACACUGAAUUCACUGGUGUUGAAUUAAGUUUCAAGACUCACUCACCAGAUGGCUUGCUGCUCUGUGCCAUGUCUCCUGGAAAGCAGGAAGAAUUUCUGGCUAUUCAGAUUGAAAAUGGACGUCCUUACUUUCUGUUUGACCCUCAGGGCGCAAUGGUGGCUGUUAGUGCACAAGGGGACGGGGGCCGCCUCUACAAUGAUGGAAAAUGGCACCACAUCAUGGCCAAAAGGCGAGGGGCCGUGGGAACAAUCGUUGUGAACAAUCAAUACAGAGGUAGUUCUUCAGCCUCCAGUGGCAGCACUAUAAUUGGUGAAAAUACAGGAGUGUUUAUUGGAGGACUACCGGAAGAUUUCAUUCUGCGACGGAAAGAUUCAGGGGCUGCCCAGUUGAUGCGACAGGGGUUUUCUGGUUGCCUGAGAGAUGUGCGUUUCAAGAUGACUGACGGCCCCUUGGAGGAGUGGAGAUCUCUGGACUGGACUAAAGCCACAAAUAAAAUGUCAGCCUAUGAAAGCUGGGAGGGAUGCCCGAUUCAUACUGCUGAAGGAGCCCAUUUUCUGGGUCAUGGUUACCUGGAGUUAAACAGAGAUGUGUUUAGCGGAGGAAAGGACUUUGACAUCUCAAUGCACUUUAGAACAGAUCAUCUCAAUGCACUUUUGUUCUUUGCAUACAAUACACAGACGGAUGAUUUUAUCCUGGUGGAGCUGAAGGGCGGCCUCCUCUCGUUUGUUCUCUCAGUCGACAGUCACGUGACUGAGUUAAGCAUGUGGGCGGGACUUAGCUACUGCGAUGGAGGCUGGAAGCAGCUCUCACUGGGAAAGCGUGGUUCACUACUCUCAGCUGCUGUCGAUGACUGGGCAGAGCAGACGAAAGGACCAGAUGCAAUGGGAAGGCUUAGGGUUGACUCCCCAUUAUACUUGGGUGGAGUGCCUAGUCAGCUCACACAUAGAGCUUUGGACAUCCACAGUCACAGACAUGGCUUUGGUGGUUGCAUAAGAGGCCUCACCAUUCAAAGUGAUAAAACAAGCCCCCUUGCCAGUCAAAGUGUUAAUCUGUCUGUAGCCUCAGGACGCUCUGUUAGAAUCUACCUCGAUGGUUGUCCUAACAGUGAAAGUCGUUACAACUGCAGGGGCAAUGAUUCCGUGUUGGCCUUCACUGGUAGAGUGACACAUGCCUUUGAUUACAGUCUACAGCCAUUCACUGAAUACUUGUAUAGGAUCGUAGCUUUGGGCGCAGGAGGCUGGGCAGCCUCGCCUUGGCAAAGAGGACGCAGCCGUGGUAAAGUACCAAGCACCAUUCCACCUCCUUCUGCAGUGCAGAUUUUGAAUGGGUUCAGUGUCAAGGUGAGCUGGGCUCCACCCACUGGUGAUGUUAGAGGUGUGAUUGACAGGUAUGUGUUGAAAGCAUACCUGAGAGAGCAGCCAGAGAUGCCACCUGUCAAAGCAGUAUACCUGGCGAAUGGAAAUUUUACAGGUGUUUUGUCCAGUCUCACGCCAUCCACUGAAUACGUGGUCACUAUAAGUGCUUGUAUUGCAACGGGCUGCACAGAGAGUAUACACGACAGUGACAUGACUGAUUUAAGAUCAGUCCUCAAAACUCCCGAGGAAGCUCCUGAUGCCGUCUCUGCUCCAUCUGCACUCUCAUUUCCCUCAGCUCUUUUUGUCACCUGGAAACCACCAGCAAGGCCCAAUGGAGUCAUUACACAGUACCGGCUCUAUCAAAAUAACCAAAUGGUCUACAGCGGAAAGGAGAGACACCACAACAUUACUGGACUUGGCAUCUAUACCGCACACGUCCUGCUGCUGUCUGCAUGCACUGCUGCAGGAUGCACCAACAGUUCAAAGGUCACAAAGUUAACCUCUCAGCUUCCACCUGGGCCGUUACGAGCACCAACCCUGACCUUGCUCGACUCACGGACCAUUCUGGUGGAGUGGACUCGACCUUCUGAAAUCAAUGGUGUUCUAAAGUCCUAUUCCAUCUUCGUAUCCGAAGGCGGGGCAGAGCACGCCAUUGUCCACAACAGUUCAGAACUUGUUGAAGACCACACGCUCCGCAACCUUACUCCUGGCACGGCCUACAACAUCACUGUGGCUGCUUGCACUGGUGGGGGCUGCACUCGGAGUUCCUCGGUCCAGGUUGUUACUGAAGAAAGCACCCCAGAGAAUGUCCCAGCACCACUGGUCACGCCGUUAUCCCCACAUGCACUGAAUGUCAGCUGGACAGCUCCUGGUACACCAAAUGGCAUCCUAACCAGUUAUGGUGUUUGGAUGGAUGGUGUUCUUAUUUCAAACUCCAGUUCCUCUCAGAGGUUUUUGGUGGUGAAGGAGCUUUCCCCGUGGAGCAAACACAUACUCAGGCUGCAGGCCUGCACAGCGCGUGGUUGUGGCAAGGGACCAAUGGUGGAAGUACACACAUUAGAGAUGGCCCCGGCAGGCCCAGUCCUGCUCGAAUUGGCCAACCACAGCUCUCGGUCACUAAGAGCCCGAUGGACUGCUCCUCCCAGACCCAAUGGCUACAUGAGAUACAUACUACACUAUAAAAGUGAAGAUGGCGAUGCGGUGCUGGACGGUGGCACGGAAGCCAGCAGGUGGUUGACUUUGACGGACCUGCAGCCGUACACCAACUACAGCUUCUGGGUCGAAGGUUGCAACACACGAGGCUGUGUUGAGAGCUCGGUGCUUAAUGCUACUACGUCUCCUGCAGCUCCAGACGGACUGUCCACCCUGAGACUAACUCACGCCACAAGCAGAAGUCUAAAUGUGUCUUGGUCCGGACCAGCCCGCUCUAAUGCUCCGGGCCCUCUUCACUAUAGUCUACAAAUGAGGACAUCACCCGAGAGACCAGUGAUAAGGCUGCUGGAAAAUGUGACCGAUACUUUCUCCUACAACGUGCUGGGCCUGUCUCCGUUCACUCACUAUCUAUUCCGACUGGUGGUUUCACAUAUUCAUGGACAGACAACAGGCCUCUGGGAAGCCCUUCGUACAACAGAGGAACGUCCAGGUCCACUUGACCCGCCUACUAUAUCAAGACUUCAUUCGCAUAACGUGACGGUCACAUGGAUCCCGCCCCUCCAACCAAAUGGCAUCAUAAUAAGUUACAGCCUCUAUCUACACUCUGACUCUGGCUAUGUUUUAGAUAACAAUCCUGGCACUAAAUUGGAACCCAACUCAAGUUUUAGUUCUGAUCAAAGAACUGAACAUGAAAAUUUUUACUCAAGUCAAAACACAAAGCCGACCAAAAAUUUUCCAACUACCAAAUCAGAACAAAACAUCUCAAAGGGCCUCCAGACUCAAGAGUUCACUCAUAUAGGCAAUACCAGUCAAGGUACUGGUUCAAACAUUUUGCAAUCAAUAGAAGAUACUGCAAUCGCAAACCAAAGGCCUUCAGUGUCCCACAAAGGAUUCUCUUCAGGUUUUGGUCCAUCCGCUCCAUCAGUCAAUGUUUCAGGCAAUACCACAAUCUACACCUUCCUUCACCUCCUGCCAUAUCAUUUCUACAACGUUCAGCUGGAAGCGUGCACCAGUGUAGGUUGUUCAGUGUCCAAAACUGUGCAAUUUCAAACCUUUCCAGCCCCUCCUGAAGGCAUCCCUGCACCUCAUCUUUAUUCUGACACCCCUACCUCAGUUCUCCUGUCCUGGGGUGCACCACAGCGCUCCAAUGGAGUUUUAGAGAGGUGGCUGAUUGAACGCAGAGUUGCUGGGACGGAUGAAAUCUCCACAGUAGGCCAUCUUCCUCCAGGCCCUCUUCCUCUCUCCUUUCUGGACUCUUCAUCAGCACUUAGUCCAUGGACAAGUUACCACUAUAGACUUGUCCUUCAGAAUCAGGCUGGCAAUUCAAAAGGACCUUGGGUGGGUGUCACUACCAGACCUUCCAGACCUGCUGGUGUGAGUCCGCCAAGAGUCAAAGUGUUGGGACCAGAGUCACUACAGGUCACGUGGGCUCCACCUUUGAUUCCCAAUGGCGAGAUCCAGGGUUAUGACAUCCGUCUCCCACAGCCACGCAUCUUCCACAGUGGCGACACCACAUCUGAUCUUAAUGUCACAAUAAUGAAUCUAAUUCCUUACACAAACUACAGCGUUACUGUUUUAGUGUGUUCUGAGGGGGGUGGAUUUGUUGGCGGUUGCACAGAAAGUCUACCCACUCCAGCUACUACUUUAGCCACCAGCCCCCAAGGCCUGGCACCACUGUCAGUAGUGUCUGUCAGUGAGUCCUUUCUUGCUGUCUCUUGGCAACCUCCGCACAGACCUAAUGGACCAAACAUCAGAUAUGAGUUGCUACGACGUAAAAGCCACCAGCCGCUGGCCGUCACUGCGGUCCCCAUAGUAACAGCCCAAUUCCGUAACCCUUCGGAAGAUCUCCAUCGCUGGCUCCAUGUUUACUCCGGCACCAAAUUGUUCUACCAAGAUAAAGGCCUAAGCAGAUUUACCCACUACCAGUAUCAGUUAGUGGUACGCAAUGACAUGGGCUUCACUUCAGGAGAGAUUGUCUCUGCGGUCACCAUGGCUGGAAUUCCUCUCCACAGUCCAUCUCUGUUUGCAUACUCUCUCAAUCACACAGCGGUUUACGCCAACUGGACGCCACCAUCGUUGCACAACCUGCAGGGUGAAGUGGAGUCAUAUUUUCUCACAGUUGUCUCUGCUAACUCAAGACAAAACCUGGUCUUUCCCGCGGAAAUACUCUCCACAGUUGUGACUGACCUCUGGCCCCGGACCACCUACACGGUGUCAUUACAUGUGUCUAAUGGUGCACAUAAUACAACUAAGUCGAUAGUUAAUAUAACCACGCAGGAUGGAGAGCCAGAUGGAAUGUCCGCCCCAGAAGUGGUUCCAGUUAACAGCAGCACUGUCCGCGUGCUCUGGUCACCUCCUCUACGACCCAACGGGGUCAUUACUGCUUACCAGGUUUACGUUGAUGCCCGCUUCCACAACAGUGUAGACAACACUUCGGGGUCCUACUUGCUCAAGAAUCUGUUGCCUUUUACGGUUUACAAUGUUCAGGUGGAGGUUUGCACCGUUUAUGCAUGUGCUAAAAGUAAUGUUACUCAGACAACGACUGUGGAGGACGCACCCACGGACAUAGCACCACCACAUGCACAAGUAGUCAGUCCAAGGGUUGUCAAGUUGGACUGGUCACCUCCCGGCCGACCAAGUGGCAUCAUGAAGGGCUACGAGGUCUUAAGACGGACCUUUCGGUCAUGUGUCUCUAGGUCAGCUGGAGACACGGCCCAUGUGUGGAAAAAGUCAGAAGAUGGAAGCAGCGGAAUUUUCACUUGCUCCUACUUGCAGUGUCCAUCUGCACAUCAUAUGUGUGGGACAUCAUGGUUCCACCCUGACAAACAGGUUUGCUGCACUGGAACAUUGUACCAGAAGAUCCAGCAUCAUUACUGCUGUGCAGGACAUUAUCUAAGCUUUACAAAUUCCACCAGUCCAGUCUGCUGCAAUGGCAAACUGUUGCCACCUCUCCCACACCACCACUGCUGUGGAGGAUACUAUGUUCACCUGAAAUCUGAUGAAUAUUGCUGCCCCGACCACUCGCAGGGCCGUGUCUCAGUGGGGCCGGGGGACAGCUGCUGUGGGGGCGCUCCCUACGCCACCACAGGCGGACAGCUGUGCUGCAGUGGUAGCCUCCACGAUGGCUACGGAGUUCAGUGUUGCGGAGGCCACAUCGUAGAUGAUGCACUGGUCUGCUGCGGUGGUGCUGACUCGGGACAAGUGCAUACAUACAUUCCAGGUUUCUCCUGCUGUGGUCAAGAGUACAUCAACUCCUCUACAUCUCUUUGCUGUAUGGGCAGUGAUGGAGUUCCAACAAUGCAUCCGUUGGGCAAUACAACAGUCAGACUGCAGUGCUGUGGGUCAAAUGUCAUUCUUCAAGAGCAAGAAUGCUGCAAUGGAGUUGGUUUUGAUUCUCAACGACAUGUGUGUGCCAGCAGGCCUACGCCAGGCCUUUCGAUUGAGAGUUUCUGUUUGCAGGGCACUGUGUGUCCUGUGUCCGCAUCCUCAACAGCAUACUGUGGUUCCUGUGACAUUGACCCAUCCACAACUGCCUGCACAUGGGUCCUGUCUGCACAUCCUGACACUCCCUCCACUACAUACUCACCUACAAUCAACGCCACAUCUGAAGCACUCAUCCCAGCAUCCUCCACACAUAACAACAUCAGUCAUCUGCACAAUGGCGUUGGAAGUGAUAGGGCGGGUUUGUGCCCAUCCCACGAGGAAGUAAUAUACAGUGGUGAUGCUAAAAGAUAUACAUAUACAGAUUUGAACUUGGAGCCCUUCACCAAAUACGAGUACAGAGUGACGGGCUGGAACAGCUUUGGCCGAGGCUCUAGCGAUGUUAUCACAGUGACCACCACUGAAGACAAACCAUGGGGAGUACCCCCACCUCGGUGGAGACGUCUGGAUGAACGGAAUGACAUCAUUCAGUGGCACUGGCAAGCACCUGCUCGACCUAAUGGUGUCAUAACCCAUUAUGUGAUACUGCGUGAUGGACAAGAGCGAUACCGUGGUGAUGAGAAUAGUUUCACAGACAUGGGUGUGAUCAGCCAUCUCCAAGAAUUCAGUUACCAGUUACGGGCCUGCAACAGUGCUGGAUGUACUGAUAGCACAAAGAUGGUGGCAGUAACAGUUCAAGGAGUCCCAGAGGGGGUGCAGUCUCCAGUGGUAAGAGCUUUGAGCCCCUCCUCUCUUCACAUGAGCUGGGUCCGACCCACAAGUCCCAAUGGAAGAGUGCAGUGGUAUCACCUGAACCAGACUGGUGUUGGCACCAUAUUUACACACACACAGGCACCCGGGAAUUAUACAGUGACUGGUUUACAGCCAUUCACAGACUACACUUUUGUGCUGGUGGCCUGCACAGCUGUGGGAUGCGGCGCAAGUUCACCUUCCACAGGACGCACUUUACAAGCCGCUCCCACUGGUGUGUGGUCCAGACCUAGACAUGUGAUAGUCAACACAUCUGUAGUGGAGCUGUUCUGGGAUCAUCCGUCCAGGCCCAAUGGACUCAUCUCCCGAUACAGACUGCGCAGAGGCGAUCGCACUAUUUUUACCGGAGACUACCGUGACCAGAAUUAUACCGACGCUGGACUCCUGCCAGACCGCAGGUAUGUUUAUGAACUGGAAGCCAUCACAGGCGGUGGUGCUGGUUUGAGUGACAAACAUGUUAUAAAAACACCAUCCUCAUGUCCCACUGGGAUCCCAGCUCCACACAAUGUGACAGUGAGCGGCCCCCACUCCAUCUCCUUGGCCUGGACCCCUCCUGCUCGCUUCAACAUUAGACAACCUCUAAAUUAUAACAUCCUCUUGAAUCCUGGAAGUGAAGGGGCCACAAUGCAUCCCACGGGUCAAGACCUAAACCUCAUUGUGAAAGGUCUUCAGCCUUUUACCAACUACUACGUGCGUGUACAAGCUUGUCAAAGUGAAGGGUGUUGUGUUGGAAACGGUGUGAAUGUUCGGACUUCGGAAACUGUGCCCGAACAUUUAUCGCCACCCACAGUAACAGCGGCUGGUGCAAGUUUCUUGGAGAUCCGUUGGUCUCCACCCAAAAAACCCAAUGGCAUCAUCACCUCAUACCAUAUAUACAGGUCCCCUAUGGAAACAGAGGAAGAACUGCUAGUUUUCAUCUGGUCCAGUGGACCACUAGAGUUUUUCGAUGCAAGCCCCUCCUUACAGCCCUUCACCUACUACCAGUACAGGCUUCAAGCCCAUAACUCAAAAGGCUCGGUUUUCAGCCGCAGAACGUUAGCCCGGACACUGUCGUCAGAACCUAAAGAUAUGAGCCCUCCCACAGCCACGCCCACUGGUGCAUACUCCAUUUAUUUGAAAUGGGGUGGACCAAAACAACCCAACGGAGUCAUUUCUCAUUAUAAACUGCUUUACAAGAAGCACCAGCCAGACCCAACACUUAACUCACCUGCUGUAACUGCACUUACUGUGGAGGGUUCAACCCUUGAAGCAAACAUCUUUGGGCUUGAGCCGUACAGAGAGUAUAGUCUACAAGUGGAGGCUGUAAAUGAAGCAGGUAGUGUGUCAAGUUCAUGGGUCACCAGAAGCACCCUGGAGGCUUCUCCUUCUGGAUUAGCUAACUUGACUGUGGAGCAGAAAGAGCAGGGCAGGUCGUUGCUGCUCAAAUGGGAUCCACCAAUUUCUCCAAAUGGAGUCAUCACGAUGUACAAUUUAUAUAGCGAAGGAAACCUGGAGUUUAGCGGGCUCUCGCGCAACUUCCUGUUUCGGCGCUUGGAACCAUGGACUGCGUACACUCUGACUCUUGAAGCUUGUACGUCAGCGGGAUGCACGCGUAGCCUCCCUCAGCGUGUUACCACUGAUGCUGCACCACCGGCCUCGCAGCCCCCUCCCACAGCCCUUUCCGUCGGUUCAGACCACGUGUCGCUCACCUGGGGAGCGCCCGCACACCCGAACGGGCCCAUUGGCGAGUACUACUUACUGGGAAGAAGUCUGGAUCAGGUGGGCAGGGGAAGAAGGAGAGAUGAGGAUGUUCAAAGAGAGAAAGUGCUGUUUAGAGAAUCAUCUCCACAAGAAAAUGACACUUUCUCCUACACAGUGACUGAUUUACGCCCUUGGACUCAAUACGAGUUUGCCGUACGUUCUCACAACCCCGCAGGCCCUACCCAGAGCUCCUGGUUAACCGUAACCACCAGGCAAGCCCCCCCUCGUGGCCUUGCCCCACCGACCGUAAGUCACCUUCAGGGCCAACCCAGUGAAGUAUUGGUGUCGUGGAAUCCUCCUCUGGAACCCAAUGGCGUGCUCCAGUCUUACAGAAUCCAGAGAAACAAUAUGAGCUUCUCCUUUAGUUUUGACCCAACGGUGCUAAGCUACACUGACGAGGAUCUUCUUCCUUUUGCAAAAUACAGCUAUUCAGUCAUAGCCUGCACUUCCGAGGGCUGCACCACAAGCCCUUCCACUAACAUUACCACAUUAGAGGCUCCCCCCGCUGCCGUAGAGCCUCCCAUGGCGAACUCCAUCACGUCCAGCAGUAUGAAUGUUACAUGGACUAAACCGCCCACCCAAAAUGGGGAAGUGACUGAAUAUGUCCUCAAAGUGAACCGUGAAGAAGCUUAUCGUGGUAGAGAGAUGAAGACCAUUGUGGUCAACCUCGAUCCUCACACAUCAUACCAGCUGGUGCUUUUGGCAUGUACCAGUGGUGGAUGCACUGCCAGUGCAACAAUUUCCACUGUGACAGAAGAGGCUCCUCCUUUGGACAUGUCUGUUCCCAAUCUUAAGGUCACAGGUCCUGAAUCGGUAGAAAUCACCUGGAGACCACCACAGAAACCCAAUGGCAUCAUCACAGGCUAUGAACUUCGCAGGGAUGGUCAACUAAUCUACGUGGGCCCUGAGACUCAUUACCAUGACUUCACUCUUCUGCCCAGUGUGGAGUACAGCUACUUUGUCAGGGCCAACAACAGCAGAGGGGCGGUGAGCAGCGCCGCAGCCACAGCGAAGACUCAUGCGGCAGCUCCUUCAGGGGUUGGUCCCCCCUUUUUGUCCCCACUGGCGCCAAAUCAGGUGAAAGUGGAGUGGAACAUUCCCGCCCGUCCUAAUGGAGAAAUUAUUAGUUACACAAUAUAUCACAGAGAGCCGGUCCAGCUCCGUGUCAGCAGCACUGUGUACACUCCACAGGACAGUGUCUUCUUCGAGAGACGCACUUCUCUGCAGGAGCUUUCUCCCUAUCGCAGGUAUGAGGUUAGGUUGGAGGCAUGCACAGAACUGGGCUGUUCCUCCAGUGACUGGUCUUCCAUUCUCACACCGGAGGCUCCCCCCGCCGGACAGGCGACGCCCCUGUUGGACCUGCAGCCUGACAACCACACCGGCCUCCACACCACAUUCCUGCUCACCUGGUCACCUCCGGCUCAGCCAAAUGGGAGGUCUCCUCAUUACGAGGUGUACCGCAGAUUGGAACACCCCACCGAUAGCUACAUGAGUGAUGCAGCGACACUUAUCUACAAUCAAUCAUCCACAAGUUGCAAGGAUGAGGGUCUUCUGCCAUAUACUGCUUAUCAAUACCAGCUGUGGGCAGUGAACUCAGCUGGCCGUUCUCCCAGUCAGUGGGUCGGUGGAAGAACAGGACCCGCCCCACCCGAAGGUCUCGCUCCGCCCGCUUUAAGGCGCAUCUCAGCCACCACGGCUGUGGUGGAUAUGCAUCCUCCUGCUCGGCCCAACGGCGUCAUCAGCCUUUACCGGGUGUUCUCGCUGGGCCGCAACGAUGACAUCACUCUGCUCUCAGAGGGAACAUCCCAUCAACAGACACUUCAUGGUUUACUGCCUUACACGCAGUACAAGAUCGGAAUAGAGGCCUGCACCUGUUAUCAGUGUUGUAGCCAGGGACCAGUAGUAGAGCUACGCACCCUAGCCGCCCCCCCAGCCCGCCAGCAGCCUCCUCGUCCUGUCACGCUGACCUCACGCUCUGCUCAGCUGGCCUGGUUUGAGCCUCUGGAGCCCAAUGGAAUCAUCGAGAGCUGUGAGCUCCAUCGCAGAACAGCCUGCCCGCAGCCCCCCCAGCCUGUGAGCCACCCUUGUGUUAAAGGCCCUCAAGACAUCACAUUCUUUGGCAAGAGGCGCAGCUACAAUGUGACAGAUCUCCAGCCAUAUUCUGCCUAUGAGCUGAGAGUAGCCUGCUUUAACAACAUGGGCAGCACCGCCUCCAACUGGACCACUGUUGUCACUCUCACUGAAGCUCCACAGUACGUGUCGCCUCUUUCAGUUGGCAGCAACCUGACAGUCAUUUGGCUGGACUGGACCGGUUCCUUUGCCUUGAACGACUACCUGAGGGAGUAUACGGUGACCGAGAGCCAGCUCAGGAUCUACAGCGGCUUCCACAGCUACCUGCAUGUUCCGCGCACAUCACAGAAAAUGCUGUCAUUUCAGGUGACUUGUACGACAAACAGUGGCAGUGCCACCACUCCUACUGUCAGAUAUAGCCCUGCUACAGGCCUUGGUCCUGUUGAACCAGAGGAUGCAAGUAAAGAGGGCGUGAGCAUGUCAGCAGCCCCGAUCUAUUCUGAGCUGUGGUUCAUUCUGCUGUUUGCGCUUCUGGGUCUCUUCUUGUUGGCUAUCCUGUUAGGCCUUCUACUGCAAAAAGCUCUAAGGAAAAAUCCAUCAGCCAGAGAUCGCCCCCCGCUGGUCAUGCUUCAGAAGAGCAGGAAGGCUGGAGGAGAGACUUACACGAGGCCUUAUCCCGACUUGUGUUCUAAACAUCAUUCCGGCUCUGUGCUUCAUCCCGAUCACCUCACAGGUCUUUCAGACACCAAACUAGUGGGAAGCGGUUCUGCAUUCAACCCCAUGUCCGUCCUGAGGGUGCCCAGGCAAACGGACUUGACCCAGACCUACUCCCAUCAUCCUUUGCACCAAAGCCUCACCCAGCUGAUUGACAGAAAGGCUCUUGUCACGGACGAGGGGUGCUGGGAAAACCCCCUGGAACCAGCAAUGUAUGUGGAGGAAGACUUCGCAGACACCAUCAAGUCUUUAAGCUGUGUGAGGAAGGAACACGCUACCUUCACUGAUACACAUCUUUAACCCUUUAUAGGGCAAGUGACUAUUUUUGGAUCUGACCUGACGUCCACAAUAUUAACAUUUGUUAUACAAGUGUGGCCUACCUGACCUUGUGUGUGGACGCCAGGUCUCAAUUAUAAAUCUUUUUUUUUUUAUUCUUAACUCAUUGGCUGCCAUUGACGGUGAUAGACAUCCAAACCAUUUGAAGUGAGAGGGUUGGCAGUGAAUAAACAAGUGUCCCAGUUCAAAUGGAUUGUACUAGAGAUGCCGAUCGAUCGGGUCCGAUCACGUCAUUUUCAAAGUAUCGGAAUCGGCAAAAAAAUAUUGGCCAUGCCUUAUAUUAAUGUAUAUAUAUUUUAAUUAAAUCGUUUUCUAUUUAUAUAUGACGUUACAGACAUAAUAUGUUACACUCAUCCAGAAUCUUUAGUUUAAGCUUAAUGUAGGAUUUUCUAAAAUAUCCCAUUAUUGGCGAUAAUUAAUUUAUUGAAAAUGUGUCACGCUGAUUGCUAUUAAUGCAUUCGCGGUACGACCCCCUCACUCGUUACUGCACUCGAUCUGUUGCGACACCGUUUAAUUUAUAUAAAGAGAAAAUAGGCAGCGUUUAAGGAGAGGGGAGUAAAUUUUGGCAGCCUUUGGCAUUAAUCUCCAAUUGGCUCUAUUCUUGCUCACUGUUUUUCACUGAUUAGAAAAGUCAUGGGAAGCAAUGUAGAGCAGCAAGGUGGUAAUAAGCCUUUGGCUUAUCACCUUAAUUUAAUACUUAAAGCAGAGAAGAUAUAUCCAUUUGUAGCACGACGCACAGUCAUGGUUUUACUUCCCAGUUCCCAGCAUGGUUUCACUUCCCAUCAUGCAUUGGGACAUGCUUCAGUAUUUACUGAAAGCUCAACAAACACACUUGAUGGCCAAACACACUAGAUGGCAGUAUUUAGUCAUAAUACACAACGUCACAAGUCUUUCUAUCCAUGGAUUCCUCAUACAGAAAGAAUGUUAAUAAUGUAAAUGCCAUCUUGAGGAUUUAUUGUCAUAAUAAACAAAUACAGUACUUAUGUACUGUAUGUUGAAUGUAUAUAUUCGUCCGAGUUUUAUUCAUUUUUUUCUUAAUGCAUUGCCAAAAUGAUUAUGAUCGGGAAAAAUUAUCGGGAAUGAUUGGAAUUGAAUCGCGAGCAAAAAAAAAAAAAAAAAAGCAAUCAGAUCGGGAAAUAUCGGGGUCGGAUACUCAAACUAAAACGAUCGGGAUUGGAUCGGGAGCAAAAAAACAUGAUUGGAACAACCCUAGAUUGUACAUGUACUAGCAACAAAGAUACUAAAAUUAACAACAGAACGAUGAUUAUUGGACGUCCAUCGCCGUCAUUGAGGUUUUUUUUUGUUUUUUUUUCCCUGAUUUUAUACAAAUUUUGGUUGCUGAUUUCAAAAUCUGCCAUCAUCGUUUCUGCAGGCUUUUUUGAGUGCCAGCUAAAGGGGUUGGACAAAAUAAUGGAAACACCUAACAUUUUGGCAUUGACUUCAUAAUAAUAUUGACAGGACAUAAUCCCCAGACACUGCGCCGUGGGGGCCAUUCCACACGCCGCUUCAGUCGGUCGAAGUCAUUCUCAAACACAUGCAGCGAUCCAACGCCGGAUUUAGGUUGAAAAAGUACGAAAACUACCACAUACAAACAGGAAGGAUCGUCUCAGGAGUGAUUUGUUCGAGGAUCCAAGGUAAUUGUUAAUUUUUCGUACCAUGCAUGCAAUUUGAAAUGUUGUGAAAGAAAUCAAUGGGAGAAAUUAUCCGCUACUGCAUUGGCGUCAUAAUUCACAAUAUUAACAUAAGAUAAAUGCUAACUGCCCGGUUUUUUAUUUUUAACCAAGAAUCGAGACUGUUUUACGUUCAUAUCUAUAAAGAAUUCAGGGAUUUAAGCAUUUAUUCACAAGAAUUUUCAACGUAAAAAGCUCUUUGUGGUGAUAAGGCGGUGCCACAUUAGCUUAAAGACUAGCAGCAUAUUCAACAUAUUGACGUAAAAUAAAUGCUAACUGCCCGGUUUUUUACUUUUAACCAAGAAUCGGGACUGUUUUACGUCCAUAUCUAUAAAGAAUUCAGGGAUUUAAGCAUUUAUUCACAAGAAUUUUCAACGUAAAAUGCUCUUUGUCUGUGUUUCCACUCGGUCAGCUUUGACGGAGAUAGGCCCCCAAAUAAUCGGCCCCGUGUCCCGUCAAUAUAUUAUGAAGUCUGUGAUAUUGGCAUCAUAAUCAUUCAACGUAAUUUUUGAAGAAUGGCUUGAAGAACAUUCUAAUGAAAGUGUGCAUCUCGUAUGGCCGGCAAAAUCAAAUUAAUUGAGCACUUAAGGUCAGUUUUAGAUAUUCAAUUAAGACGUCAAUUUCCACCGCCAUCGUAAGGUAAGAGCUUCAGCACCGUAAAAUAACGAAAGAAGUGUUUGCAUCAAUGCAACAAUUAUUUUGUUGACCUGUGUUGUUUUUAUUUUUUUAAUGAAUAAAAAUAUAUUAAAAUGUCCAAAAAAAAUACAUUAUGAAAAUAAUAAUGAAUGAAAACUGAAAUACAAUCUGGUUAAGAUUCUAAAGUUCACCCCCACCCCUCCAUACUUUUUAAAUGUGUGCCCUAUAAAGGAUUAAAAUGCAACCUUUCAGGUAUUACAAGAUUUCAAAUGUGUAGGUAUAUGAAAGGGUGCCUCACUGUGACCUUAAAUACAUUUCACAAAGUUAUCAAAGGGAGAAAGCAGUGUCAGCAGGGGCAAAUAAUCAAAAUCUUUCUGUUUAGCGUAGAGAACCGCAUGAAGUUUUUGCUAAUUAGGAGGAGUUAUGCAUUAUGCACAUUGUUGAUACAUGGAAAUUUAGUACUGUGAUAGAAAAAAAACACGUUAUUAAUGUACUUGUAUAUUGUAUAGUUUGUAGUAAAUGUCGUUGCUGUUCCCCCUGUGCCUCAUGUAAACACUCACCAGUUGUAAGUUGACUGACAUGACUUCCAAAGGCCUUUGUCUUGUUUUUUUCUUUUAUUGUAAUGCCAACUAUUACACAAUGUACCUGGAAAGCACUGUUGCAUUGAUUUCAUUGACCUAAGUAAAGUAAUAUUUUUAUUUUCAGGAGGUUUAGUGCCGUUGUAGUCAUAGGAGGAGAGCAUGGUCCAGUCUAGACCUACAUUGUGUUGCGUACUAUAUACAGUGAACACUGAAAGUAUUUAUUUGAUGGAACUGUUAAUAUUCUGAACAAAACAAAAGGCUAAAGUAUUGUGAUUACUUUGGUUUUUUCUACUGUCAGUAUUAUUUGUUUGCUUUGUUUAUCGUUUAAGUCAAAUAAUACUGUGUCAUGUGGCCAUACGCUUCACUCUUAUUUUAUUAUGAU